GAGUUUGCGAUGUCCGAGGGAAAUGGAACGCACCAUGAUCCUAACGUUGUGGACGGGGCUAAUGGCAGCAGGCAUCGUGAGCCGAAGCUAACCUCGUAAAAACAGCAAAUGUAACCCCACGUUUGCUGGUUAUUAAACUUUACUAGUUGGACAAUGUCGGUGUUAGUGGAGGGCACACACGGGUGGCAUUUGGACGCGUGCUCGCUUAUCGACCAGGCUUACGUGCGCUGUUUUAGAAGGCAAGGGGAGGCGAAAUCAGAAAUGGAGGGACGCUUUAAUAGCAAGUACUUCCAGAUUUUAAAGAGCCAUGGGAGUGGGAUUAAUAAUAACGACAAUAAUGGACAUUCAGAUAAGCGGGACGCCUCGCAAACGCUAGAAAGACCACCAAAGAAGCGGAAGAGAAAGAAGCACAGUCAACUCAACCAGGGAGAGAUCGAGUCCAAGGCCUUUCACGAGAAGGUCCGACGCGUCAUUCUGGAGGGCACCGAGUCCCUGGUGGAGUCUGCCAAGCUUCUGGGCUAUCUGCAUGGAGGGAGGGAUGCGGUGAAGGACCCCCUUCCCUGUCAGGAGUGCAACCUGGCCAGCUUGUGCGACAUGGCCAAAGAGCUCCCUUUGGUGGACGACGGGGAGCAGGAGAACUGUGUUCAGCUACUUGACUGUGACGGCAGUGGCGGCACGUCCCAUCUGGACCUGUUCGCCCGCGUGACGGAGAACCCGGCAGAUGAGGCGGCCGUGACGAUACUGAUGGGGGAGGAAUAUGUCAUCCCUCCACGCGCGGCGUUCCUGCUCUCGGAUUUCUCCCGAAUGCAGCCGCUCCUCCGAUAUGGACACGAGUUUGAUGUCAUCGUCAUGGAUCCGCCGUGGGAAAACAAGUCUGUGAAGAGGAGUCACAGAUACACUUCUUUGCCUUCAUCUCAGCUAAAAAGACUCCCCAUAUCCCACUUGGCAUCCGCUGGCAGUCUGGUGGUCACCUGGGUGACCAACCGGCCCAGCCACCUGCGCUGCGUUCGCGACGAGCUGUACCCGCACUGGGGCGUGGAGGCUGUGGCCCAAUGGUUCUGGGUUAAGGUUACCACAGACGGUCAGUUCGUGUUUCCGCUGGAUUCUCCGCACAAGAAGCCGUACGAGGUGCUGGUCCUGGGCCGAUACCGCACAGACUCCCAGGCGAGCCCCUCAGAGCGGUGCGGGAGCGUCCCCCCUGUUCCUGAUCAGCGGCUAAUUGUCAGCGUCCCCUCGGCUAUCCACUCCCACAAACCCUCACUCGCAGAGGUGUUGAAGCCGUACAUCAAAGCGGACGGCAAGUGCCUGGAGCUGUUUGCCCGAAGCCUGCAACCGGGUUGGACCAGCUGGGGCAACGAGGUGCUCCGAUUUCAGCACGGCAGCUAUUUCGCGCUGACUCCCUCUGGCCGACACGCACGACCGCCUUCCCCCAGCCAAUUUGAAGAUGGUGAUUCAUCUGGAGCGCUUACAUAUUUUGACAAGGGACUUGUUUUGCUCGCUUUUGCACAACAGAACACAAGUGAGAACUACGGUGGCCCAACUGGGUUAAAAAGGAUGAUGUCACCGUGGUCAACUUCACGGCGCCAGAGGAAGAUGAAGCACCACUGCCCCCCGCCCACAAGCCUCCACCCGCUUCCCUGCAGCUCGCCUUUUAGUUCUCGUCCAGUUGGAGCGUGUCACAAAGUCGGCGUACGUCUCAGUCCCGCCGUGGUCUCCAUGGCGACGUGAAGUGGAGGACGCAAAUGAGGCUCUUGACACACGACAGAGGCGAGCAAUCAUUGUGCGACAUUGAAACACAGCCUACUGUGAGACACACCGCAGUAAACAAGUACCACCAUGAUCGAGCAGGGCGCGGACUUACUGUACGCCAAGGUCCAGUAGAUGAAUACGCACCUCACCUUUGCCGAUUGUGCAAGAAAAAUAAUUUUAUUGUUCAGUGGUUUGUUAACUUUAUUCAAUUAAGAUUAACGCCACAUAAAUUAAUCCUAAAAUUGCUCACUAAACUGAGGUCUUGUAAGGUAUGAUGAGGUCUGGCGUGAUGUCAUGCACUUUUAAUGGCAGAUUCUUCCUCAAAAUUGUUGCUAAGGAAAAUAUCUUUUUUUAAAUUGAUUUGAAUAACCCAAAAAUAAAGUAAUCAAAUAAAAAAAUGCUAUUUAAAAAAAAGAAAGAUUUUAAAAUGAAAUUACAUUAUAGUUUUUACUGUAGUUUUAUUAAAAAUAAAUAUUAAUUAAAAAAAACAUUUUGCUUUAAAAAACUGUGUACUUACUAUAAGUUUACUCGCUACACGAAGUAAAAUUCACAUUCAACAGGAAGGCAAAAACCAAAACACAAGUUUAACUUCAAACAGAAGCUAUAAAUAGCCCACAAUUCUAAUGUAAUUUAAUUUUUAAAAUACCCCUUCCUCCCUGGAUUACCUAAUAUGUCCUAAAGGCAUUCUUUGCUGCUGCCUGGGGUGGUCCCGUUUUGAAAGAUAAUUGCGACUGUGCAAGCAUCAAUGUGUUGAAUGCCAAAGCGCAAUUAAGCUCCCGCGGGGAUGAGCUUGCUUGCUUCUCGACCCGCUGAGCUUUAAUUCCAAUCAAGCAGCAGCACAAAUGCUUUCGCAGUGAGGAAAAUACUGUUCCAAAAAUUUUAAAAAUAUUAUUAUUUAUGGCUACACCUGCUGUAGGGGUCAUGGCCACGUCUCCCAAUACUUUUGUCCCUUUUUUAUUUUAUGAGCUUGUUGGUUGUUUUGUGUCAUUUUAAUGUAUUUAAUGGACUUUGUAAUUUAAUUUAAUUAAUUAAAUGAUUGAUGUAUUGACAUUUUUACAUUUAUUUAAUGAUUUUUUUUUUAUUUAUUUGACAUUUGUAUUUAUCUAAUGGACUUUAUUAUUAUCAUUAUUAAACAUUUUUUAAAAUCUG